AUGUUAGCAGCCGGCAUGGAUCACUCUGCCAGUUAUCUGUCCCAUUUCGGGCUCAGCCCGCCACAGGCGUCCGGCGAUGACGGCGGCGACGAUUCGCUGUACCAACCGCCCGCCUCAUCGCCGCCCCUGUACCAGUACAUGCCGCCCCAGCACCAAACGCCCUCAUCCAGCGCGGCCGCCGCGUACUCGAUGAUGGGUGGCAGUAACCAAGGCUGUUAUCAGCUCGGUAAUGUGGACACAGCAUAUUUGUUCGGUUCCGCAGGUGGAAACGGUGGCGGAGGAGGAGGAGGCGGAGUGUCCGGCUCCAUGGACGGCCUCCAGCAGUAUGUGGCCGUCGGCGGAAACGGCGGCGGUACGCCCGUGUCCGCGGCCGCAGCCGCUGUCAACCCGUCGGCCACUGGUUCCGAGCUGCCCGACACUAAAGAGGGCAUCGAGGAACUGUGUCCCGUGUGCGGUGACAAGGUGUCCGGUUACCAUUACGGUCUGCUCACGUGCGAGUCAUGCAAAGGCUUUUUCAAGCGGACCGUGCAAAACAAAAAGGUGUACACGUGCGUGGCCGAGCGGUCGUGUCACAUCGACAAGACCCAAAGGAAGAGGUGUCCGUUCUGCCGAUUCCAGAAAUGUCUCGAAGUCGGCAUGAAACUCGAAGGUUAG